UGUGGCGCCACCGCCACCUGAAAGCAGGGGCCAGAAGAGCGUAACCAAGUGUGAAUUUCCACCGAUUCUGGGGAAAAUGAUCCCCGCCGACCCGGUUCCAACUUCCCCGAGUCGUUCACCCUACCGGGAGCAUCUACAGCGUAAGCAGAUAAACCGGCAAAUCAAGCUGCGAGGCCCGAUGAAAGCGGCUCUUUGUCUCGCCGGUGCCGCGAUCCUCUACGCGGACAUUUAUUAUAUUUCGCUGAUCAAUCGAAUCUACCCGUUGCCCGAUUUCGUCGAUUACUUCAAAAGCGUGCUUUCGGCGGGUCUGCUGGGGCUCGCGUUCGGACAUAUCGGAUCCAUAGCGUACGCGCAUUUAGCCCGAGACCGUGAGAUCGAAGACAGUUGUGCCAAACUCCUGAACAUUUCCAACGACGACCUAGGAUUCAAGAUCAAAUCCGAGCCCCAAGACAAAACUGACGCCCCGAGCCCGAUCGCGCAGACCAUGUCUCCGGGCUCGUUCUGCUUGCCUUCGGCACAAAACUCGUUCAACGAGAGCUUCAACGCAUCGAUAGCUUCGACAUCAUGGCAGUUCCAAUCGAAUGGCGCCAACACUUCCUACAAGAGUAGUCCCUCGUACGAAAAACUCAAAAUUGUGAACCGGUACCCGAACUCCCGAGCGCUCGAUUGGCACAUCGAUGACGAGAAGAGCGCCGAUGCUUUCCUGAAGGAACGGAGUCGAGAGCAGAGUCUCAUUGGGAGCAUCCACGACACCUUCCUGGAUACGUCCGUCUCACCGAAACGGGCGUCCGUUCUCGACUCCGGGGUCGAAGCCAUCCAGAGACUAUUCACAUCUCAACCCUAUCGAGCGGCCUCGCUGACCCCCGCUGACGAGAAGGAAAAAGAUUCAAAAUCCGGAUCUGCGCUCAUUUGUCGGCGGUGGAACAUCGACGAGAAAGAGCUCUUUUCGUGGAAUGAGAAGCUGCGCUGUUGGUUCGUCGACCAAGUUUUCGUUCCUCUUCGUAACGAAAUCGAGAAUAUCAACAAUGCGCUGCUGAGCUUCGGUUAUCAGAAAGACUCUCUCAUCGGAGAAGCCAGCUUGUCGCGUCUCCAUCACAUAGCUUCUCAGCGGUGCGACUCCCUGCCGGGCUUCAAUAACGUUUUACUCUACCUGGAUCUAUCAGUGAAUCAGCACUACCUUGUGAACCGAAUCCACGACUUUUGUCAGAGAGCUGCCCUAUCGUCGAUGAAUUGGAACCGCGGUGGUAUCGGGUGGACGGACCAAUUGCCUCCUGACGCUGAGAUUCUCAUGCACUCCUUCUGCUCGUACAUCGAUGCGGCUCUCGAUCCGGAUCCCGAAUACAAAGACGGACGUCAAUUCGCACAUCGCCAUCUUCGGACGCAGAUGAGCGAAAGCCAACUCGAAGGUCGAGAUUCAUCCGAAGAGGUCCUCUUCCUUCACACGAAGAAAUCACCACCGCAUUACCUUCUCCAGCUCCGUCAGGACAUCGUCGACGUCGGAUCUGGCUUUAAUAAUGUUCUGCACACGAUCAUUCUAUUCUUGUAUUUUCACAAGAUCAAGAAAGACUCGAUCAUCUGCGGGAAAUCCAUGGGACGUCGCGGUCUUGAUCUCUUGAAGAUUAUCAGCUAGAACUACAAGGCUCGAAAUUACGCUACUCUGACGCCGCGCCUUCCGCUGAGUAGGAGGAUUGCUGUUGAACUCGUGUGAAAGUUGUGUCCCGAACCCGAGGACGGGAAUCCUGCCGACUCUCCCAGUUCGGGGUUUGAAUGGAAUGUUGAGCUGUACACAAGAUGAUUGUUGCCGUUGACAGAACGCACUCUCACUGCUCAUGUUGGUUGAGUUGUUGUUCGGUGGAAAUCUAGACGGAGCAGCGAAUAGUUUCUAUUGCAGUGUUUUGAACUUGUUCGAUGAGGGUUUCGUGUAAAAAUCAGUAUCGUGGAAAUAAUUAAUAAUUGAGCGACGAUCAUCGAUAGAUUGAAGAUGAUGAUUCAUCAAGGCGAGCGAGUGUACAUAGAUAUCGAGUUUGCUCAGGUGAAUGAAUACAACCACGACAUCUUUUUUGUAUAAUA